GGUAAGUUUUCAAAAGUUUACACCCCAUCGACAUAGAAAAUUACUUUCAUAAGGUAGUUCAAAUGAGAUCUGAUCUAAAAUGAUAAAUAUCACAGAGUAAUAUAUCUUUUUUUUCACACUUGUUGAAUAUAAUCAAUAAUCAAUACGACAACCGUUAGUGUUGUUUACAGCACGAGGAUAAGACAGAUACGAGCAUAAAAGAGUUUCACAUAACUCAAUGUUUAUGUUUGUAUUUGUCAAAAUGUUUGACAUGCGGUUUUACAAAGGGAUCGUCAUAAUAACAAUUAUGGUUCGUCUUGGAUAGUAUGUUUUCAACUUCAUUUUUGAUUAUUGUUCUAAUAUUUCCAGGUCAGGUGUUAAUUACUUUGUGAUAUUCAACAUUUUAACUCAGAUCUUAUUUGAAUUAUCUUAUGAAAAUAAUUUUCCAUGCCGAUAGGGUGUAAACUUUUGAAAACUUACCAUAACCCUUCAGCAGUGUCCAAGGACUGAAAAAUAUGAAUUCCUAAUCUGCUGAGGAAUUGUCAGUGCCGUUGUGAUAAUUCCUAGAGAAAAUGGGAAUCGACCAUUGGUUCUCUCACAAUUCCAUUAUUCAUGAAAGUCCCGAUAUUGUUUUUUUAAAAAUAAUUUAUGCACGGAACUAUUGAUUCUCACAAUUUUGCAGGUGAAAAUGAGUGUAAGAGCAAAAAUUAUCGUGAAUAUUCCAUAUUUGUACCUUUAGUAUGCAAGGAAUUGUAGGGAAACUGAGGAGGAAUUCCUAAUUCUCAGUCCUUGGAUACCCCUCGACACUUUCCAAUUUGUCUACAUUUUAAGUCACUAUUUCUACAGAUUUGAUCUGAAAAAAAUCAUCUAUGAUCGUAAAAGUCAACAUUUAUGUUUCUCACUCAACUCAAAUCUCCUCUACAUCAAGAUUUAUAAUGUCAACCAUUAUUUUAGGAUGUGGGGUGUGGAUGUCGGUCCUCAAUUCAGCCACACCCACACCCAUACUCUGAACAAUGGAUUCGAAUAUUAUCUUUAAUUUCUGAUCUAAUAAAAUUAUGAACAAUUGUCCAACAAUUGUGGAUGUCUCUUGAAAAUAUAUUGAUUGGUUCUAAUUUACAAUUUGGCGAAGAUGCUAAACGAUUUGACACAGCUGAUAGAUUAUAUCGAAAAAUAAUUUUUGGUAUAUUUCAUAUUUUAAAUAAAUCCUCUUUUUAUUUUCAUUACUUUUAGAAACAUCAAGAAAUUCAUUAGUUAGAGAUGCUUGUACACAUGCUGGUCGAUAUGAUGAAUUAAAAUCAAUAUUCAAUCUUAUUGAAAAAAUUCAAAAAGUUUCAAUGAAUAUUUAUAUACAAAACGUCAAUUAUUGGAUCAUUAAAUCCAAAUCAUAUUCCAGAAUAUUUACAAAAAAUGUUUGA